GGUGCAUGCAUGUACGGUUAGGGUUAACCCAAGAUUUGCCACGGCAACGUGGUUGUUUUUGCUUAAUAAGAAACCCUUUAGCCCUGGUUUAUGCAUAUGUCAGCUUAAUCUACAUUUCUAAUCUUACAUUUAUUUAUAUUCUGUGUGCAUGAUUGGAAUCAAAUCAUCAACAGUAAAUUAAGUGGAUAAAUGUUUGAAAUGUAGUGGAACAGAAGUAAUGUCACGUUCUGUCGUCCAUGUCAUUUUAUUGUGACUUAUUUUUAAGUCUUUUUCGUUCCUGUGUGCACUUUACUUUUCUCCUCUUCUCUCCCUAAUUCCUCAGUGUAUAUAACCACUCCCUCUUCCUUUGUCUGAUUGUGAGUUCGUCGUCAUCCGUUGUCAGAGUGAUAUGUGUUUUUUGAGCUCUCCCCUUGUUUUUGAUUCUCGGCAGUGGAUUAUUUGCACGUCCGUGCUACAGUGAUUCUGUUAAUCUCUACUUCCUGGUCCAGUCUGUGUCCUGUUCCAUGAUGAUCCCACGCCUGCACUCCACCAUCGAUGCGCAGCACGCCGCCCCGACUUCUCAGGUGACUCAGACGACUGUCGCCCUUUUUUGACCAAGUGCCGUAUUCACUUAGAGCUUAAUCCUGCUGCUUUUCCCACUAAACGGACUAGAGUUGCAUAUGUCAUCGCGCAUCUGAGGGACAGAGCUGAAGCAUGGGCUAUUGCUGAGUGGGACAGACAGACCAGCAUUUGCCACUCAGUUGAUGACUUCAUGGACACGUUACGUAAGAUCUUCCACCAUGUGGCAUCUGGUAGAGAGCCGGCCAGGUCCUUGGUCAGUCUACGACGGGGCACAUCCGGUUCAGGACUCAGAAUGAGCCAGUGCUCAUUGACGCCUUCCUGCAUGCCCUGAGUCCAUGUCUACGAGAUGGACUCAUUCCUCUGGAUAUUCCCGAUGACCUCGAUUCACUUGUCAGCCGUCUUUGUCUCCAGGAGCAAGUCAGCGAUCGCCGUGCAGGCGCUCUCUCUCCUUGUCCCUGAGAAACUUGUGACCUCAGCUGCCACUCUGAGAUUCCUCGUCCACUUCCCACUGCACGCUUCAUGCCUGAAACCUCCAUCUCCGGGAGACCUAAGCAGGUUGGUCGACCCACCUCGACCCAGCCGAACGCAGUCGCCGCCUUUUUGGGGGGCUCUGUCUGUACCACGGAGGUAAGGGCCAUCAAAGGGGGGACUAUCUGGUAAAAGGACCAGGCUCACCAGUAAAGAGAGCACUGGUGAGUCCCACUAUUCUCCAUCACCACAUCCCACAGUCAGCAUAUUGUCAACGCCCUCAUCGGCUCAGGAGCCCAUGCAAGCUUCAUUUCUGAACGCCUGGUCAAGGAACUAAAGAUCAAGCUUCAGUUGCUGUCUCCACCACCUCACUGCACAGUUCCUGUUCGUUUAGUGUUCCCGGAUGGACAUAUGGAGAAUAUCCAGCUCCACAUUCUCGGGGGUUCCAUCCACCAGCUCAUCCUGGGGCAUCCCUGGCUCUAGCGCCACAACCCCAUCAUCAACUGGUUCAAUAAAACCAUUAUCAAUUGGGGGAAGGGCUUCAACCGGGGGUGUAUCUCACCUGUCUCUUUGUCUUCUCCUUUUAGAUCCCCGCUGGUUGCUGCAACGUCUCUCCCAGUCACAGCCACAGACCUGUCCCAGAUUCCAUCCUGUUACCACGAUUUUGGUGCUUGGUUGGGGGCAUGCUUCUAAGUGGUCUUGCCAUUCGGUAGGAUCGUGUCCCGCUCAACUUGUGGGUCGGCGCUUCUGGUGGCCGGGGAUGCACCGUGACGUCAGGGAAUUCGUGGCAGUGUGUAAGUCUUCCCAUGCCCAGCCUCAUAGAAAACUCCUUCCUCUGCCCAAGCAUGGCGGAAGCUGCUGUCUUCUGACCACCGUCGCUCCGUGGCUCUUCCCUACCACCCGGGAUCUCCAUCUGCGUCACCCCUGCAAAAAGCUGUCUCCCCGCUUCAUUGGCCCCUUCCCCAUCAAGACACAGGGGACUUUGAAAUGCAAGCUGUCACACAGACACUGCACCACUCAGUCUGGAGGUGAUCACUUAAGGUAACUUAAAGGGAUAACAAUAAUAAAGUCUUGCCAAGAAUAUAAUGAAAUGAUCAAUAGCGUUCUCAUGUUGAGAUGUACCUGGCUGUAGACAACUGGGCGCACAUCUGUACCCCCCUCUCUGUUAAUGUUGUUUACGCUAUUUACAUUAUUAAAAAUGAGAGCUAUGAAAAUAAGUUAAAUACCUGACUGUUAUAGGUAACGAUUUAUUACUUUGAGUCAAUAAUUAAGAUCAACAUCUGAUACAGAGGUACUGCAGUAUGGAGGUCCGCUGUACUGACGGUACUUUUCCUCAGAGUUGGUGUUGUGUCAUAAUAAACAACUUGUGUGUAGAUUUUGGGUAAAACAAACCAUAACCUUCACUGUUUUGAAUAAAGAAAAAUGCAAUUUAAAUGGAUCGUGAACUGAUUCACUGUUUUCCUGUGAAAACCAAUAAACAAUGAAAAAAAAUGAGUCUAGGGUAUCAAUGCAGACUUUUCAUUAAUCGCCAUUUCUGUUCUCUGUGUGUCAGUGAGAUAAACUGUUUAAACAAAUGUUAAAUAAAACCAUUUCACGUUCAAGUUAAAGUUGUCUAUUCAGCUUCAAAAUGCAC